AUGGCAACAAACAGUGAAGAAGCAUGUGCCAUUGGGAAUGAGGAAUUGAAAAAAAUAUAUUAUGAAAAUUUUAUUGAUGAGCUUAAUGAUGAAGAACUAAUGUACAAAAAAACUGUCGAAGAUUUGUUUUAUAUAUAUAAAUCAUUUGGUUUUAUUUAUUCGAUAAUUAAAAAGGCAAAUUUAUUAUUAAAUAAGGAAAGUUUUGAUAUGUUUUUAAAAUCAUUAGUAAGUUUUAUUGAUGAACUUUUUAUUAUUAAUCCAAAUAUUUUUGAUCAAGAUUUUAAUAACUUAAAUAUAAAUUACAUAAAUAAAGAAGAUAAUAGUUUUCAAAAUAAAAAAAAAAGAAAAGUAGAUUCUGAAUAUAUAUAUAAAGUAGACAAUGUAAAUGAUAAGCAAACUGGAAAUAAUGUUGACAAUUCUGCUUUCCCAAAUAAUAUAGAGAAUAAUAAUUUUAUGACUUUAAUCUCAAAAAGAUAUAUUGAAGAACUACUUAAAGAUAUAAGUAAUAUAAAUCAAGAAUUUAGUUCAACAAAAUGCGACGAUUUUUUAUUUAUUAUAAAUAAUAUCCUUAAAAUGAAAAACAAUAUAAUAGUAGACUAUGCUAAAAAUAGAAUAGAUAAAAUAAAAAAUACUUUAAGUAUAGGGAAACAUAUAUUUAGUCAAGAAGAAUAUAUAGAUAUUAGUAAUAAUACUAAUGGAAGUGAUGAAAAAAGUGUACGUAUUUAUGAUUAUAUUGAUGAAAUGAUAAAAAAAUUAGAACAAAUUGAACCUACUAUUACAUCUAUAAUAUUUAAACAAAAUUUUUGGUACAAACAAAUUAUGAACAAAUCAGAAUAUGACAGUUUAAAUUCAGUUUUAAAUUUAGAUAUUGAUGCACCAAAUGAAAAAACUGAAGAAACAUAUGAUGAAGUAAUAAAUUUAUUAGGAAACAAAAUGACUAAUAAUAAAGAUAUUUUGGGUGCUAAAAAUAAACUAGAAAGAAUUAAAAUAAGUUAUGAUGCCGAAAUACAAAGAAAACAACAACAGGAAAUGGAAAUGCUUAAAAAAUUAGAAGACAAAAGAAAAGCAGUACAAUUUAUUAUUGAUAGAUAUGAUGAAUAUACUUGGUUUGAUAAAAAUUCUCCUAAAAAACAUUCAUUUUAUAUCUUGGGUAUUAAUCCAAGAAAUAUAACAGAAGAUCAAUUAAAAUAUUUUGGUAAAAGAUUAAAACACAUUUUGCAUCCAGAUAAAGAACCAAAUCCUGAAUGGAAACAGAAAGCUGAAUCAGCAUUUAAAGAAGCAUCAUUAGCUAUAUUAGGUUGCCAAAAAGAAUUUAAAACAAAAAUAUUAAAAACGCUUGAACCCGGUCCGUCUGCUCCAUAUCUGUCUCUCAUUGGCAUCGAAAAUAAUUCUCAAACUCCUGAAAAUCAAAAAAUUUUUCAGCAAAAUUCGCCACCUUCUUCUAAUACAACCCUUCCUCAAUAUUAUCCUACGCAUGCAUAUUAUCCUAAAUUUGAUUUAAAAUGUGUAGAUCAGAAAAUUGGAACUAUUCUUAUUGAUAUCAAAUGCCCAGUUCAAUUAGGGGUCAUAAAAAAAGUAAUAGUAUAUGCCCAUAGACCAAUAUAUGGAGCUGAACCUAUCAGUUUAAUUCCAGAAGAUAUUUAUAUAUCAUGUAAAAAUGAAAUAGAUGUAAAUAUAAAAAAUUUGAAUCAAAACAUCGAAGCCAAAAUUGAUUAUGUUCAACCUUUAGAAAUCGCUACAUCUACAAAAUAUUAUAUUGGGAUACAAUUAAUAGCAGAAAGAGGAACUACAAUGAUAAACUGGAAUUCAAUAAAUAUAACAUUACAUAAGUUUAGUAACAAAAAUAUUAUCAAGAAACUUUUACUAUCAUUUAAAAAUGCUUCAUUUAUUAAUCAACCUCAAUUAAAUACUAUACUUUCAAAUGAAAACAAAGAUGAUAUGAUCACAUUUUUGAAUGAAUGUAUUGCCAAAGCAAAAUCGUGGGCUCAAACAGUUUAA